ACCACGACAGUGGACUGUUCUACUUGAGUGAUCCGAGUUCUAGACUUGCUCUUAAUUGAACUUGAAUAAUUGUUUGGCUCACACUUGCUAAACACCCGAUUAAACCACCCUAGGCAAGCAUUUUAAUCAUCUGAAAUCUUUAAUUAAUCUUGUUACUUGCUUGUCACGAUACAAAAAUUAUAAAACCUCCACAUUGUUUUAGCUUGAUAUUGAACUCAUAAAGAUAAAGUGUAACUGGUCCUCUGGAAUUGAAUCUCAAAUAUUACAACAACACUGUUUGCUUGCAGUAUAAAAGACACAAUUUUAGUGUAUCAUCAUCCAACUCGCCGUUGGGCGAGUUGGCCUUGGCUAAUCCAACUUCUCUGAUGGGUCGGACGAUGAUGGUUUGGUUGUUCUGAUGCUUGGUAAUUGUUCGUUUUAUGGUUUGAAUAAUCUCUUACGAGGAGCUUGUUGUGUAAUAGUUUUAAAAAUACGAAGUUUUAGUUUUUCGUAUUCUUAUUUUCUUCUUAGAAAGGUUUCUCGAGAACUUUCUGGCAUUGAUUUCAUCGGUACCGAUUUUCGCCCCAACACUCUCUAUUGCUCAUCGUAGUGCUUCCACUUCAGAAUGCAGGGCAUACUAUCUCCGUGGAUAAUUUCGUAUACCCAUAAGUUGAAUCUUUCUCAAGCUAUCCAUCCAAGCCCAUCCACAUCCACUAAACUUGUGGGUUAGAUGGUAAUAUCUCGUUUGUAUUGAAUCAGGCCUGACACUCACUCUCUGCAUAUCUUACUAGUUCCAGUGGAUCUCUGUUUAUUCCUUUGAAGAGUUUAUCAUUUCUUGCCUUCCAAAUAUUCCAGAUUAUCCAAGGAGAAAGAUCCAUAUGUAAAUUUGGCUCGAUAAUAUUGUUCUUCUCCAUAAUAAGUAGUCCAUAUUAGCAUAGAUGCUCGAUACCGAGAAAAUAUCUGUACUUGUCGGUGUCGCUCAUAGUGACCAAGCUAUGUGUGGUUUAGAUAUCAAUUUUUAUUCUAAAGUUGGUUAUACGUUGGGCUUUAUAAAUUAUAAAUUUGUACUCUUUGUUUUUAGCCCAUGAGGCUAUAUACAAACCCCGCUGACAAAAGAAUAUCAGCAUUUGACAGUUUUGACAAAAGAGAGUAUUCUCCAGCUCCAAACAACCAAAAUGGCUUUCUUUUCCGCCACCAACAUCCUCUCUCUUCGCUCUGCAAUCCUCAUCAACCCUAGGUUCCUUCCAAUCCACCAUCACUGUAAUCCUCCUCUCAGCCUCUCUCUUCCCCAUAAACCCACCUUUAAUCUCUUCCACAAAACCCCUAAAUCCAUUGUCUCCGCCGUCACAUCCCCAUAUCCAACAUUCUCUAUUGAACCCUCUCCUGGAUUCCCCUUCUCCGACUCAACCAAAUCAAUCACAACCCUCGCGAUUCUAGCGGGGAUCGUAACCAAAUCCCUAAUUCACAAACUCUCCGCCGCGGUUGUAACCUUAUCCCCACAGUUCCAAGCAUCUCUCCGAAUCUCCGGUCCGUUGUUCUUCGCGUCGAUUCGCGACCGUCCCGCUGGUUAUCUCAACACGCCGUUGACAGUUGUUGCCGCGGGUUUAUCCAAGUGGCUUGAUAUUUACAGUGGUGUAUUGAUGGUCAGAGUUUUGCUCAGUUGGUUCCCCAACAUUCCUUGGGAUCGUCAGCCUCUGUCCGCCAUUAGAGAUCUUUGUGAUCCUUAUCUCAAUCUCUUCAGGAACAUAAUCCCUCCUGUGUUUGAUACGCUUGAUGUUAGCCCUUUGCUUGCUUUUGCUGUUUUGGGUACUUUGGGUUCCAUUCUCAACAAUAGCAGAUGAUAGCUGGCCAGUGGAUGGAUCUUAUGAGGUUUUGGAUAUUUGGAGAUUGUUGUUUUCAUUAUGUAUUGAGAGUACUAUAUAGUUGUUGGUUUCAAUAAUAAAAUUUGAGUUCUUGUUUGUGCUUAGAAUUGGAUCGAUAUACAAAAGCUUUGAUUCUUAUUGAUAACUGAAGAAUUAACAACAUAGGAAAUGAUCAUGUGAAUCUUACUUGGUUUGAGACUAGUUUUAGAAUCAUUUGGCUUAGCAUCAUCUAAUUGAGUGAGCUAAGAAAUCCACAGCCUCUAAGCUCGUAAGUGAAAACAUUUGUGGUUUCUGGCUUUACUUGUGGAAUAUAUCUGUUGCGAUUUAAUUGUGCAAGGUUUCAUAACUCCGGAGCUGUUUGAUCACUGAUCUGGGAGAGAAUAGGGGUAUUUGUUUCACCAUUUGUCAUCUCCAUCUAGAUGAUUCAUUUGUAUCAUCUAUUUAGAUGAUCCAUUCAGAUUUUUAUAACUGUUUGUUUGUCCAUCCAAAUAACUCAUCUAGAUGAAUCAUCUAAAUGAA